AUGGACGGCCAGCCCACAAUCCGCAUCGGCUAUGUGCCUGAGCACUAUCUCGCCCCCCUCCACCUUGCCCUCCGCUCCCCCGCCGUAUCCUCCCUGCCCUUCAAGAUCGCGCUGACCCCCUUCCCCUCGGGAACGGGCCACAUGAUCACAUCGCUGCGCGCCAAUGAAAUUGAUCUAGCCAUUGGCCUGACCGAGGGCUGGGUCGCCGGCCUGGCGGGCAAAGCGCAGGCGGACACGGACCCGAAGAAUGGUGGGUACACCGUCGUCGGACAUUGGGUGAAUAAUCCGCUGCGGUGGGCGAUUGUCACAGGGCGGAAUCGGAGCGGAAUCGAUGCUGUGUCUGAUUUGCAAGGGAAGAGGGUUGGGAUUAGCCGACCUGGGAGUGGCUCCCACAUCAUGUCAUUCGUCCUCGCCCAGCAACAAGGAUGGAAACCCGACAGUCUCACCAGCGUCCCGCUGGGCCCCUUCGGCGCCCUCCGCAACGGCGUCACCGGAGCAGACCAGCCCUCCCCCACGGCGGAGUUCUUCAUGUGGGAGCACUUCACCACAAAGCCCUACUUCCACGCCACAUCGGGGGAAGCGCAACCACCGCUCAAGAAAAUCGGCGAGAUCUUCACCCCUUGGCCGUCGUGGAUGAUUGUCGCCUCGAUGUCUUCCUUCCCGGACCCGCAGCAUGACCAGAAACUGCAGCUUCUGUUCCAUGCUUUUGAUCAGGGGAUCAAGGAAUUCGAAUCUGAUACAGACCAGGUCGUGAGGCUCCUCGGGACGGGCGAGCUGGGGUGUACCUAUGCGAAGGAGGAUGCGGUUGAGUGGCUGAAAGAUGUGAAGUUUACGUCGGGGACACGCGGUGUCGAUCCGAAGGUUAUUGAGGGCGUUGUGGAUGUGUUGAAGGUGGCCGGGGUGAUUGAUCAAGGUAUGAGCAAUGAGGAGGCUGUUAGUCGGGUUAUUGGCAUUCCGAGGUAG